AUGGUCUACUAUGUCCGGUUCCUGAAGACACCCCGGAUUCAGCCGCAGAAAGGCGCGCUCUUCAUCACCGCUCUGAUCUGCAUCACCACCGAUCUGGGCGAUUCAUUUCUGGCCGAAGAUGUAGAGUUGUCCGUGACCGCCUGGGAACAAAGUGGGAUCUCUCAUGAAAAGAAGACCACAUGGAAUGCCUAUCAUCGUGAACUGCCGAUAACUCUCGGCCCUCUCCCGGCUAGUCUGGCCAGACUGGCCGAGAAGACCUUGGUCUUGACAGUCAAUUCUGCACGGCCAGAGCCCGAACAGAGCACGAGUACUUCAGAGUCCUUUCCAUUGCCAUUGGUGAUGGGGGCAACGAGCGCACCCUUUGGCCCUCACUCCCCAGCCGACAAGCUUGUGCAGCGACAUAUCACCGCCUCUGGAUUAAGGCUGAAUGUGUGGGAAGAGACCGGAAAUAGCAUUGCCCGGCACAUUUGGGAUGCGGGAUUCGCAAGCGUUAUAUACAUUCACCGGAUUCUGUCAGAUCUAUCGCGUGGAGCCCCAGACAGCAAAGGCAGGUCCCAAAUGCCCGCCCUGCACCACGUUCUCACGCGCAACUCGUCCAUCCAGGUGGUCGAGCUCGGUGCCGGAUGUGGGAUCGUGGGCAUUGGCUUGGCGCAGAUGGUUCCGCACUGUUCGGUCUUACUCACGGAUCUCCCCGAGGUCGAGGAGAUUAUAACGCGCAAUAUGAAUGCUGCCCGGCCAGCCCCCCAGUCCCGCCUUAGGUAUCAAAAUUUGGACUGGGAGCAGCCCCUGGACCACCUGGGUUCCCUCGACCUGAUCCUGGUCUCGGAUUGCACCUACAACGCCGACAGCUUGCCCGUGCUGGUCUCUUGUCUGGACCGAUUGGUUCAGGCAUCCCCAGGUGCUCUUGUUCUGGUGUCGCUGAAGAGACGGCAUGACAGCGAAACGGUAUUUUUCGAUCUCAUGCAGACUGCGGGAUUUACCUCGGCGCGGGAGCAUCUUGCGCUUCCUGCACAACAUGAGCAGGUGGAUGAGAUUGAAUUCUACUGUUUUAGCAGAUAG